AUCUGCUGUUUCCUGCCUCUGUGUGUGUUUUCACGUGACCUCUGGAGCCCGUGCGCCUCAGAGACAGCGGCAGACACCGAAAAGCUAAAGGAAACGCCGCAGUUUUGAGCUCACUGUGGUUGCCAAGCUCUUUUAACACAUAGAGGGAGCUUCUGGUCUUUUCGAGGAUGUUUGCGCUCGGGGAGAAGAUGGAGUUUCUGAUGGGAAACCCCUUUUCAACGCCCGUAGGUCAGAGAAUCGAACGAGCGACCAGCGGCUCUCUGCAGUCGGAGGACUGGGGUCUCAACAUGGAGAUAUGUGACAUCAUCAAUGAGACGGAUGAGGGGCCCAAAGAUUCAGUCAAAGCUAUUAAGAAGAGAAUUGUAGGAAACAAGAACUUCAGAGAGAUCAUGUUGGCUCUCACUGUUCUUGAGGCCUGUGUGAAGAACUGCGGCCAUCGCUUCCACGUUCUGGUGGCGUCGCAGGAGUUUGUUGAAGGAGUUUUGGUUCGUUCCAUUCUGCCCAAAAACAACCCCCCCACUGCCCUUCAUGACAGGGUGCUCAGCCUCAUACAGUCAUGGGCUGAUGCGUUUCGUAGCUCUCCCUCUCUGGCGGGGGUGGUGUACGUAUAUGACGACCUCAGAAGACGAGGUCUGGAGUUCCCCAUGACAGACCUGGAUGCUCUGUCUCCCAUCCACACUCCGAAUAGGAGUAUUCCAGAAAACGGGACUGCUGAGGCGACCCCCGCUGUCACUCUCACACAACAGUCACAACCACAAGCUCCCGCCAGUGUUCCCACUCAGAAUACUUCACCUACAGUCUCAUCCAGUGAGGGACCAGCCUCCCUCUCUGCAGAACAGGAACAGAAGCUGCGUAGCGAGCUGGCGCUGGUGAAGGGAAAUCUCACUGUGAUGUCUGAAAUGCUGAACGAGCUAACACCUGGACAGAGCCAGCGAGAUGAUACAGAGCUGCUACAGCAGCUGUACUCGGUGUGUAAGAGCAUGCAGACUCGAGUGGUGGAGCUCAUCCCCCAACUGAUGGACGAAGGGUUCAUUGAGGAGCUGCUCGUGGUCAACGACGACCUCAACAAUUCCUUCAUUCGCUAUGAGAGGUUCGACAGACUGAACAAGGCACAAAUGACAAAUACACAGCAGAGCUCCAGCCUCAUCGACCUCAGCCCAGAGCCUUCAACACUCAGCCAACCUGCUGUCAUCACAGCAACCAGCCAACCAGCAGUCAGCGCCUGGGCCAAUCAACAGCCAUCUCCUAACCACAAGGAGGAGGAGGAGUUUGACAUGUUUGCUCAGACGAGAGGCAGCUCCCUGGCUGACCAGAGGAAAAGUGUCAGGUAUGAGGACCCACGAGCUGUGGAGGGCCUUGCUGGAGCUCUGGAUACAAGGUUGCAGGUCACAGGAGGGAUGGCACCAGCGAAAAACCCUCUGCAGAACAAUAUUGACAAAUGGUUAUCUUGUGAUAUGGAAGAGCAGUCUUCAGUUAGUGAGGGAGUGUCCAGUGAAGAGUUCGAUAAGUUCCUGGAGGACCGGGCGAAGGCGGCAGACCACAGCAGCGGGCCAGUUCGCAGCGCGCAACCCUCCGCAUCCAGACCGCCGGCUGAGUCUACCCGACAACAGGACAGAUCACAUGACCAGCUUUUUUCACUUUGAGUUUUUGGACAAACCAGAGAAAUAUGUCAUCACAUCACAUUAAAAUGUGCCUUCAAUCUCUCACAUGCUGUGCCAAGUCAGGUGUUGUCUGAAAGCACACACACACACACGCACACGCAUACACACACACACACAGAGGACCACCUGACACUACAGAGCUGCUGUCUAAUCAACUCAUUGCAAAACCGCUGUAUGUCUUAGUUAAUUCUGCUGUUUGUUAUCUUUAUGUAAGUAUAAGCAACUUUCUGCGACCGUAUUUAUGAGCUGUAUUACUAUAAUGUUGAUAUAAGCAAAAACUUCAAUGAGAACAAUGUUUACAUUUAGGUAUAAUGUUAAAAACAUAUUUGAUAUUACGCCUUCUUGUGUCUUCGACCCAAGAGUUGAUUUUGUGUAGAUGAGAAUAAAUGUUGCGUUCUCCUACUAA